AUGACACAAACGCACAAUCUGUUUUCGCCAAUCAAAGUGGGCUCUUCGGAGCUCCAGAACCGGAUCGUUCUCGCACCCUUGACUCGAACCAGAGCUCUGCCCGGAAACGUGCCCUCGGAUCUUGCCACAGAGUACUACGCACAAAGAGCAGCAUCUCCAGGCACUCUCCUCAUCACCGAGGCCACAUACAUCUCCCCCGGAUCUGCUGGAGUGCCCAUUCCAGGAGACGGAAUCGUUCCGGGCAUCUGGAGUGACGAGCAGCUCGAAGCAUGGAAAAAGGUGUUCAAGGCCGUGCACGACCGAGGAUCCAAAAUCUACGUCCAGCUGUGGGACAUUGGACGUGUCGCAUGGUACCACAAGCUGCAGGAACUGGGCAACUACUUCCCUACAGGCCCCUCAGCUAUCCCCAUGAAGGGAGAGGAGAGCGAGCAUCUCAAGGCUCUGACUCACUGGGAGAUCAAGGGCAAGGUGGCCCUCUACGUCAACGCUGCCAAGAACGCCAUUGCCGCAGGCGCUGAUGGCGUCGAGAUCCACUCGGCCAACGGCUACCUUCCCGACACAUUUCUGAGAAGCGCCUCCAACCAACGAACAGACGAAUAUGGAGGAAGCAUCGAGAACCGGGCCCGAUUCUCGCUGGAGAUUGUCGACGCUAUCACCGAGGCCAUUGGAGCAGACAAAACCGCCAUCCGUCUGUCUCCCUGGUCCACUUUCCAGGACAUUGAGGUGAAUGACACCGAGACCCCCGCACAGUUCACAUACCUGUUUGAGCAGCUGCAGAAGCGAGCCGACGAGGGAAAGCAGCUGGCCUACGUGCAUGUAGUUGAGCCCCGACUGUUUGGUCCCCCCGAGCCCUGGGCCACCAAUGAGCCUUUCAGAAAAAUUUGGAAGGGUAACUUCAUUAGAGCAGGUGGAUACGAUAGAGAGACUGCUCUUGAGGAUGCAGACAAGUCAGACAACACCCUGAUUGCCUUUGGUCGAGACUUCAUUGCCAAUCCUGAUCUCGUCCAACGCCUCAAGAAUAACGAGCCUUUGGCCAAGUACGACAGAACAACCUUCUACGUUCCAGGUGCCAAGGGCUACACUGAUUACCCUGCGUACAAGAUGUAA